GCCUGGGCACAAGAUGGCUGCCGCGCGCCCGGAGCCCCCGAGUCCGAGCUCAGCGGCCCCGGAGCCGCGAUCCCCGGAGACGCCGGACCUGGUCCUGGUGCCAGAUGAUGGCCGGCCCGCCACACCCCCGAGUGACCUCAUCGAGAUCCAGGUGGUGAAGGUGACGGACACCACGCUGGUACCUGAGCCCCCGGAGCCAGGUUCCCUCCACUGUGCCUUGUGCCCAGCUGCCUUCCGGCUGGUGUCUGAGCUGCUGUUCCACGAACAUGGCCACCUGGCGGGGGCUGAGGGCGGCGGGCAGGGUGGGGACCCCAGCCGGUGUCAUGUGUGUGGCCACAGCUGUCCGGGCCCCGCCAGCCUCCGCGCGCACUACAGCCUGCACACGGGGGAGCGGCCCUACCGCUGCGCCCUCUGCCCCCGGGCCUUCAAGGCCCUGGCGCCUCUGCUGCGGCACCAGCACCGACACGGGGUGGAGCCGGGGACCUCUCGGAGGCCCCCGGAGGCGGCGGCGGCUCGGGAACAGAGGCCCGGGGUGCCCCAGGAGAGGUCGGAGGUGGUGAUGGCGGCGGCGGCAGCGGGCGCGGCGGUGGGGAAGCCUUUCGCCUGCAGGUUCUGCGCCAAGCCGUUCCGCCGCUCGUCAGACAUGCGCGACCACGAGCGGGUGCACACGGGCGAGCGGCCCUACCACUGCGGCAUCUGCGGCAAGGGCUUCACCCAGUCCUCGGUGCUCAGCGGCCACGCGCGCAUCCACACCGGGGAGCGCCCCUUCCGCUGCGCCCUGUGCGAUCGCACUUUCAACAACUCCUCUAACUUCCGCAAACACCAGCGCACCCACUUCCACGGGCCAGGGCCAGGGGUGGGGGACUCUGGCAGCCAGCUGGCCUCCGGGGCCGAGGAGCCAGGGAGUGGCUGUGGGGCAGGAGACGGUCUGGAAGAAGGCCAAGGGGAGACGGCAAAGGUGAAGGUGGAGGUCGCCCAGUAGGCUGGGAGAGCAGGGACAUGGGGGCAUCAACGUGGGAAGUAGGAGGCACAUUGCAAGGGAGGGGGUGGGUGGGAAAAGGAGGCAGGAGAGAGGAGAUGGGGGUAGAGGUGAAAAGAGCUAACAGUGAUGGCCAUGAGCAGCUAGUACAGGAGAACAGGUUUCGGGACACCCACAAACCCAUACAGCACCUCCAUGAGACUCAGAAAGGCACAGACACAGACGUGUGGAUGCCCAGGUAUGUGUGAGGAACACAGGCUGGUUUUCACUGCCCAAGCUGCCUGCUCGUUCGGUUGUCCUCAUGCAAGACACAGUUUGUCCCCACAGAGCCUGGGCACCAUAGAGGGUGAGCCAGGGUCGAAUGGAAGGGGCAGAACUGGGGUCAGUCCUUCAUCUACAGAACCCUGGACUAUCUUGGGGGCCUAGGGUGGACCAGGAUGGAACCUUUUGCCUACCUCACUGGAUUGCACUGAACCUGGGAUGCCUACCCACCCUCAGGCAGAAGACACCUGCCAGGUCCUCCAUGAAGAGACUCUGGGAUCCCAUCACCUCGAAGCCAGAGGGUCCCCAAGUCCUAGCUGAGAGCACUUGAGCCUCAAGGAUGUAAGCAUGACCCUAAGGAUCUUGACUCUAAGAGUUGCUCCCUGCUCCCAUGGUGGGCCCUCCUUAACCCACUGACUCUGAGGCAACAACAUUACAACAGACAGCAAACAGCCACCUAAUACCCCCAUCAUAGGCCUUUAGGUUCAGAGCCCAUGGCCCCCAGGGCUACAGAGUAGCCUCGGUUUUCUCUGAUC